AUGAGUGACAACAAGACGAAAGAAACUGACGACGUGUUCGAGUUCUUAGAGUCGCUGCCUCAAACUAAAGCAGUUAAAGAGCCCAGACAGGAAGAUGAAAGAUCUGGAAGUGUAGAAAAAUCCAAGUCCAAAGAUAAUGUCAAAAAGCAAGAUGAAGAUAUCUUGGAUUUUCUAGACGAGUUAGAGAAGAGCAAUUUGAGCAUGAACAAAAAGAAAUCUGAAUCGACAGAUAAGCAGAAACAAGCCCCUGGGCCAAGUAUAAGUGAAUUAGCUAAAGAGGAAGUUAUAAGAACUGAAGGGGCUGCAGAACCUACAAAAGCUGAAGCAGCUACGGGGGGUAGAGCAGACAUGAAUUCCGGACAAGAGGAAGUUCAGAGUUCCAAGGCAGGAGAAGCCGAAGAGUCUGAGAUUGGCUCUCCUGUUAAUGAUCCAAUAACUUCAUUCUCCAAAUGGUGGUCUUCUUCAGGUUCUUCCGCCGUUUCUAACAUAUGGAAUAAAACUACAGAGCAAGCCUCUCAUAUCAAGGAGCGGCUUGCCCAGGAUCAGUUAGAUAUAACUUCCAAAUUGAAUACUGUGAAACUCACCGAAAUAGCUAGGAAUUUGCAAAAGAUGGUGGCAGGCGAAACCGAUGAAGUUUUGCGAAUUCACUUGGUUCAUGAUUUGGUCAAUUUCAGCUCUCUGCAAUAUAACGUGGAGGAAAAGUUUGAUCAAGUCUUGAGUUCACAAGUACAAGGUGGAAUCAGAAUAUUUGUUGACCAAUGGGGGCAUCCAAAUAAGCUAAGAGAAGAUACAGAAAUUUCAAACUCAAAAUCAAGCUCCCAAAGAGGAUUGAAUAUUUUCACUGGUAAGAUAACAGAUGGAGAAAAACUGGCCUUCGCUAAUCUAGAUAACGCAAUCAAGCUAUUUGACAAAGCACGUUCUGAAUUCUCAAAACAGCAAAAGGAAGCUAGAGCAGAGGGUGAAAUGCAAGAUGAAGGCGAAAAGAAAGAAGGGAUAAGUGACAUCUUUAUUUCCAUUUUACCAAUUGCAAUUCCCUCGGCGAAGACAUCAGCUGAGGAAGAUGAUAUCGUUACCACUGAUUCUGUAUCAGCUGGUAAUUUUAGCUUCACCAUCAUUUUGAAAGACAUUACCAAUGAUAUUGUCACUAUUACGAGAUCACAAGGAUUCCCAAUCAAAUGGGUUGGCUGGUUGGAAAGCUCCUUCGAAUUAGGCGGUAAGAACCCAAAUACUGAAACGAACAACCCCUUAAGUCCCAGAAUUAAUGAGAAACAAGAAGUUCCACAAGCCGACGAAGAGGAAGAAGAAGAAGAAGAAGAAGAAGAAGAAGGCGAAGUAGAUCCAAGUGACUGGGUCAAGGAAUGGGUAGAAGAUGGGCUCAACCUAUCAUUUGGUGUUGUCGCUCAAAACUACGUCGUUGAGAGAAUGGGGUUUUGA